CAAACAAACUGAGUUUGCAAUUAUAUAUAUGUGCGCGCAUACACUCAAUUCCUAGUGCCAAGUGACAGUAGCAAGAAAAACCAUAGACAUAUGAUGCUGCUUCUUACUCUCCUCCUCGUCCUUACUCUCUUCUUAUGCCUCGCCGUCUUCCGGCGAACGACUAGCCGUGCCCGCCGUGCUCCGGUAUCCCUUCGGCAGCCAACCGUUGAGAUCCACGACGGCGACGUCGCCCGCCGCGCACUCCUCGACCACGCCGACGCAUUCGUCAACCGCCCGGCCAUCGGCGCGGAGCCCCGCGGCCGCCGGAGCGACAAUCUCACCACCGUGCGCUACGGCCCGCAGUGGCGCGUGCUCUGGCGCAACCUCACCGCCGGAUUCCUCCGCCCGUCGCGCGUCGGCCUCCUCGCGCCGCUGCAGCAGAAGGCCGUCGACGCCCUCGUCGCCGACAUCGCCGCCCGUGGUGCCGACGGCGGCGAGGUGGGCGUCCGCGACGUCGUCCACGACGCCUUGUUCCCGCUGGCCGUGCGCUUCUGCUUCGGCGACGACAUCGACGAGCGCCAUGUGCGCGACCUACGGCGCGUGAUGCAGGAGUUGAAGCUCGACGUCGUGGUCAAGGGCUUCAGUGGCUCGAUGCUGGCGAACCUCGUGCACUGGUGGCGGCUGCGCCGCUUCAUCGCAUCCGGCCGCCGGCGGGCCGAGAUUUUCCUCCCACUCAUCGCCCAACGGCGGCGAACACAGCAUCGCGACGCCGACGGCGGCGUGUUCCGUCCUUACGUCGACUCGCUGCUCGACCUGCGCGUCCCUGUCGGACACGACGCCGACGCCGACGCCGCCGGCUGCGAGGACAACGAAGGGCGCAACUCCGGCCGUGCACUCACCGACGACGAGAUGGUGGGCCUCGUGGCGGAGUUCCUCAGCGGCGGCACGGAGACUGUCGUGUCGUGCGUCGAGUGGACCCUCGCGCACCUCGUCAUCGAGCCGGAAAUCCAGGACAAGCUGUGCCGCCAGGUCGUCGCCGCCGCCGACCACCACGGCGGCGAGCGCGGCACCACGCCGGCGUACCUCCGCGCCGUGAUCCUCGAGAGCCUCCGCAUGCACCCGCCGGUGCCGCUGACCAUGCGCGACGUCCGCUCGCCGCAGGCGGUCGAACACCUUUCCCUGCCGGACGGCGGCGCGCGGGUGCACUUCAUCCUCGGGGACAUUGGGCGGGACGGCAAGGCGUGGACGGAUCCCGACGAGUUCCGGCCGGAGAGGUUCAUGGCCGGCGGCGAGGCGGAGGGGGUGGGCCCGCUGCCGGGGCCGAGGGAGGUGAGGAUGAUGCCGUUCGGCGCGGGGCGGAGGUAUUGCCCCGGCAUGGGGCUCGGGGUGGCGCACGCCUGCCUCUUGGUGGCGGCGCUGGUGCGCGAGUUUGAGUGGGCUCCGACGGCGGUGGCGGCGACCGGCGGUGUGGACUUGACGGAGGUGAACGGCUUCUUCAAGAUGAUGCGGACGCCGCUCCGGGCGCGCGCUACGCCGCGAGGCACGUCCGCGUGACACACUGCGGCAUCUAUGUACUGAAGAACGGCACUUGUAUCUCCUUCUUGGAUUGAUUUCAUAUGCUUUGAUUGGAGAUAGUUUUUAUAAUCUUUUCUUGUGAAUGUAAGACUUUGUUGUCACCUCAUGGCCCAGUUUGGGUCUAACACCUAAAUCAUUUAAGAUGUCAAUUUGAGCCUUUUGAGCUUCUGUCAUUCUUCUCUGAGAAUGCAAAAAAUGUGUCUUGCUUGGAGUUAUGAGUUCAUGAUUAUGCGUGUUUGAAAAGCUAGCAAUAGCAUAUUUCCCGGUUGGAGUGA